GUGAGCCAUUGCGGGGCUUGCUCACAGCUCAGCUGGGGGGCUGGACCCUGCUGGCCUGGACUGCAUCACUUGGGGUUUCCCACAGGCCGUAAGCAGCCAUUCGCCGGGGUGACCCUCACUGACAGCUUCAUUGCCAUGAAGAACCUGCCUUGGCCAGUGGAGCCCCUGUGCGCAGGGAGCCGAUCUGUGGAGCUGCUGUCCCCCUCAACUCUCCGCUUGGACCGGGAGAACAUCUGUGCUAUUGGGAGGCUCCAGAGCCUGCAGGAGAUUCACAGCCUCUACCUGCAGCAGAACCAAAUUGAGAAGAUUGAGAAUCUAGACUGCUUUCCCAACCUGCGGUUCCUCUGCCUGGCUGGAAACCACAUCCCUAGAGUGGAGAACCUGCGGCCCCUGCGACACCUGCGUGUUCUGGACUUGUCCCACAACCAGAUCCAGAUGCUGGACCCAGAUGAGCUGCCCCGCUGCCUCCGACUCGUGGACUUAAGGGGAAACGAAUGCACCCACCAGCACGGAUACAGAGAGCUGGUGGUGGGAGCCCUGCCACACCUCCUGCAGCUGGAUGCCCAGCCCGUCUGUGCCAGCGUGGGUGAGGAAGAGGAGGAAGGAGGCUCUUCCAGCAGUGAGGAUGAAGAUGAUGAGUUGCUUUCUGAGCCGAGUGACCCUUUCACUACAGGCAAAGAUUUCUUUGCGGAUCUGCACUGGGAGCUGGCUGGGCACUCACGGCAGAGGCAGAGGGAGGCUCUGGAGGAGCACCGGACCCGUCUGGAAGAGCUGGAGGAGCUGCGGGAGCGUCAGGGUCUGCUGCUACCCCCUGCACCGCUGAGCCCAGGCCGGGAGGGAGCAGCCUUCGUCACAGCCCCAGCACCCAGGUGGUCUCAGCCUUGUCCCCAAGCAAAGCUGGGGACACAGCUGCCACCUCUGCCAGGACCCAGCAGGCAGCACGCCUGCCUGAAGCCCCAGUGAGCUACUGGUGGGAGCC